GAGGUCGCGGCCGCUGCGAAACCAAAGGCGGGGAAGGCGGGGCGGCCUCUCCUCAGGCGCCCCGCCGCCGUGCCGCCCGCCAAGCAGCCCCCGUCGCAGCGCUCGCUUUCUCAGUUCUUGACCGCGAAGAAGGGCGGCGGCGCACCGCCUGCGAAGGCAAAGGCGAGCGCGGAGCCCAAGGCAAAGGCCAAACAGAAAGCGAAGAAGAAGCCAGCAGCGGCGGCACCUUCGACGGCGGAGGACGCAGCAGCAGGGGCGGACGAGGCAGAGCCACAGCAGCAGGCCCAGACGCAGCACGACAAGAAGUCGGUUGCAGCCUCGCAAGCACCGCCGGCAGCGGAGGAGGAUGCAGAGCCACAGCAGCAGCGUCAGGAUGCAGCGCCGACGGAGGCAGAGGCGGCAGCAGAGGAGCCGCAGGCCGCGCCCUCAGACACGUUCGAGGCCGCCACGGACGAAGCAAAAGAUGACUACGGCCGCUUCACGACGGGCUACGACCCACCCUGUCCAGGCCCGACGUGCGCCAAGUGCGGUCGGGAUGCGGAGAGCGUCCGCUUCAGGCUCGCCCAGAAGAGCGCCAACACGUGGUGGUGUGGGAGCUGCAACAGCAAGAGUUCGAUGGUGCAGCGCUGCUAUGCGCACUGGCCACCGCGCUCGUUCGCUCUCAUGCGCAAGGCGGACCAGCAGGCGUUCUGGCGCUCGAUGGACGACCCUUCCAUUGAGAACAACGCUCAGUUCGAAGAGGAGCUGGUGAGGGUCCUCAGCGUCUCGAGGAAGGAACGCCUCACGGAGACCAAGGGCGGGGAUUGGAAGCCCUUGUCCGUCUGGGCCCAGGAGGGGUACGACGCGGACGCCGUCCGUGCCAACAACGACGUGAGGUACAAUUCCGACUUGAAGCAGGAUUGUUACCGCAUCCGCAUCGAGGGCAGCAGGCAGGAGAACAUCGAAGAGACAGUGAGGCAGGAGCUCCGCCAGAACAGGAAGCCGCCGAGGCCAUCCCCACCGAAGCAUGAGAGAGCCGUGGAGCCACUCCCGCAAAAGACGCACCGCUCGCCGAGCGGUGGCUACGAGGGCCCCACAGGCGCUGGUCGCCGUUCGACGAGUCGGAGCGGCGACAGCGACUGUUCGCAGAACCGCCAGCUGAAGCGGGGCCACUCCAGCAGCGGCGACGGCGCGGACCGCUUCCCCAGCCGCGGCCGCAAGCGCAGCAGCCGCGGCCGCAGGGCGGACAGCCGCCAGAAGCACCGCUCUUCCAGAGGUUCCCGCAGAGCCGACGCGAAGGGCCGCCGCUCGAGGAGCCGCAGGGCGCACAGCAAGAAGGAGAAGGCCCGCUCGAGGAGCCGCAGGGCGCACAGCAAGAAGGACAAGGCCCGCUCGAGGAGCCGCAGGGCGCACAGCAAGAAGGACAGCCGCAAGACGGGUCGCUCCCAGUCUCGCGAGAAGCAGCGCUCGAGGAGCCGCAACGACCACGGCAAGAAAGGGAGGGACUCGCGCAGUCGCAUCAGGAGGGAACGCAGCGAGCAGAAGCGUGUCCAGAAGGCCAUCAAGGACCGCAAGGCGUUGGCGAUGAAGACGCUGGAAAAGACGGGGUCCUGGGACGUGCAGCUCGCAUCGCUCCUCGACGACGAGGACUGCUCCAGGGUGCCGACCUGGGCGGUGAAGAACGCGAAGGACAGCCACAAGGAUCUCUCGAAGCUCAGGGAGGCCGCGAAGACCGCGCUCGAGGACCCCAGGGCGAGCUUGCCGUACGAGGCGAAGGCCCUGGAGGCAGCCCUCGCCGACGCAAAGACCGCUGUCGGUGGCCUGCGUUCGGCCAUCGAGCACGCGAGCUGCUCAACGGCCAAGAAGUACAGCAAGAAGAACACCUCGAAGGACUGA